AUGACCGCCGUAUCCUCCAGCUCCGGCUCCAAGGUAGCGAUGUACGCAGAGCGGAUCCAGACUUCGCUCGUCCCUGCUCGACAGGUCGUCGAGAAACGGCUCGCCGAAGUGGAGUAUGAGCGAGCGGAAUAUGAAGACCUAGCUGGUCGACUGAAGACGCUGGAGAAGAAUGGAGGUGGACCAGAAACGACAUUGACGGAGCUUGGAGCUGGCGUUUGGGUGGAUGCGGUGAUACCAAAGACAGACCAGAUUCUGCUCGACCUCGGCUUCGAUAUCCACCUCGAGCUGCCUUUGCACCAAGCGGCAGCUUACGCCGAGAACCGAGCGAAGAUGCUGGAGAAGAGGCGCGUGUUGGCCGAGCAGAAAUGGGCCCAGAUCACCUGGCAGAUCCAGCAGGCGAGUUGCGGUCUCGGGCUCAACGCCCCGGCUUCUUUCGAGGGCGCGAUCCUGGAGGCCAGCUCGAAGCCUAGCGUCUCGCGAUAG